AUGGACGUGUUCGAGUUUGUGGAGCCCCUGAGGAAGCGAAAAAUUACGAACAACCUCUUCGACUUCGACCAGUACGUGUAUAAGGAGAAGCUGGACGAAUCGGAGGAGAAGAAAAGCGAACACUAUGUCGGGAAGAAGAAGAAGAAAAAGAAACUGAGAAGAGUACUGGAUAGUUCAAAUAGCGAAGGGGAUGAGAAGAAGUCCAACGAAGAUACUUCCUCCCAGUCGGGGAAGAAGCGAAACGUACGACACGAUGAGAGCCCCAAGAAGGAAUACGAAGACGAAGAACAAAAGGAUAUCACCCCACAUCAUCAAAACGAAAGUAACGACCAAAGUGACGAUAACGAUUCUUCCCUGUCGAAUCAGGAGGAGUAUGAAAAGAAUUUGCAGGAUCUAUUCGAAUGCAUAUUAUCUUCCAUAAAAACAAAGAACAAAAUUAUAGAAUACUUUACUUCAAACGUGAAGGAAAAAAGACAAGAAAUAAUAAAAGAAUUUGUAAAGGGGUCCUUCCGAGUAAGUAACUUCGAUGCGAAUUUUACAAACUUCGAAAAAGAUGUGGACACAUUUCAUAAGCUGAAGAAGUAUCAAAAAUGUGGGGUCUUCUGGUUAUACGUAUUGUAUAAAGAGAAGAAAAAUGGAAUUUUGGCAGACGAAAUGGGGUUAGGAAAAACAGCACAGACGUGUGUAUUCCUAGAUUAUAUGUAUCGAACAAAGGAACUAAAAAAUAAAACCAUCAUUGUGGCUCCUACAAGUUUACUCAAAAAUUGGGACAAUGAAAUAAACAUGUGGUGUCCCUAUCUGAAGAAUCAUAAAAUCAUUUACUACGGUAAUCAGAAUGAAAGAAAAUAUCUUGCAUAUGAUAUUUUUAGCAGCAAGACGAGUAACAUACAUUUAAUAGUCACCAGUGUUAAUAUGCUCAUCGGGAAAAAUGAUGUGUCCUACUUUAGGCAGAUUAAAAAGUAUGACUACCUCAUCUUUGACGAGGCCCAUUUUUUAAAAAAUAAAAACUCAUUAGUAUAUAAAAAGUUACAAAAAAAAAUCUCUUUUAAUAAUAAAAUUUUGUUGACCGGGUCACCCAUCCAGAACAAAACACAAGAACUGAUGAAUCUUUUGCUUUUUCUCAUGCCAGAAAUUUUCACAGAAAAAAAUAUAAACAAUGCAUUGAAUGCUUUUGUGAAAAUGUACCAGGAUAUACUCGACAGUAAGGAGAAUGAGCAUCAUAGCAACGUGGACUGUUGUGGUAGCCCACGUAACAACGCUGGACCGUUGGACAUUUAUGACAUCAAGUCGGUGGAAAAGAAGGAACCUACUGAGAUGAGUGAUUCCACAAAUGGAAACACAAUCACCACCGAGGAAACCAGAAAUGUUAUAAAGAAUUACCUCAUCGAAACGAUUAAGAACGAUGUGAAAUAUGCCCAGUUGAAAAACAAGGAGGUCAUUCUGCUACAACUCAUUAUUGAGCCGUACAUUUUGAGGAGAUCCAAAAAACACGUCUUCAUAGACAUGCCGAAGAAGCAUAGCGUAAUUAUUAAGCUGCCCCUGAAUACCACGCAACUGAAUCUGUAUAAGGAUGAAAUAAUGUCUAAGAUACAACACACGCAUAAGCAUUUGGAAUUUUUGCAGAAGCACUCUAAUAAGAAGGAGCUCGAAAAACUUGCAGUUAUUUUCGAGAAGAAGGACAUCAAGCUGGACAGCAUUUUCCGCGCUAGUAGCAAUGGGGGUGACAAAGAGAGCGAAGCCACCCCUAGUGGGAUCGGCCACCCGGUGAACCCUGCGGAUGGGUCAGUCACUGAAGCGGCCACCGAAGCGUGUAGCGGUGGAACUCCCAAUGAGGACAGUGCGGAGCAGGUAGGUAGUAAUGCAAAUCAGAACGGAGAAAUCGCAAGUGAGACCGCCCCAGCGGAAGAGCCCAACGACUACGACGAUGAGGACGACAAAAUUGACGAAAAAACCAUCAACAUAGAAAAGACAGAAGAAAACAAAGACGGAAAUAUCAUAAUCAACAAAAGGCAAGACGAACCGGUGGACAACGAAAGUGCUAACAACGUCAGUAAGGAAGUUAGAGGAAGAAUGAUAAAUGCAUCCAUUUUUAUUUUAAGGCGUAUAUGUAACCACCCACUUUUACACAAGUACUACUAUUCCGUUGAGGACAUAAAAAAAAUAGCCAAAUAUUUUUACGCCAACACGGAUCAGUACCUGGACUUGGACUUAAAAACAGUUGAAAAUGAAUUCAUGAAAAUAUCAGACUUUGAUAUUCACCUCUCCAUUAAGCAUUUAAUUUCACAAGGAGAUGAAAACCUAAACAAGUACCUAAUUUCAAAGGAGCAUAUUCUAAACAGUAGUAAAAUACACCAUAUGAUUUCCCUAAUUAAGGAUAUUAGGAAGAAGAAGGAAAAGGUCCUCAUUUUUUCUCAGUUCACUACCUUUCUGGAUAUCAUUGAGGAGGCCCUUCUGUAUGAAUUUGUUUACGACGAGCAGGACUUUUCCAACCAUCAGCAGUGCGUCACUGGAGGAGGGCAAGCCGGCCACGUAGACGCGAAGGGGCGGGACAACGCGCAGAACAAGGACAACGCAGUUGAAGCGGAUGAUGCGAUGGACGCAGAUGAAACGCGACAAAACAACUCCGGUAAAGAAGACGACCCCAACAGCGAUUUGAACAAAAAUGAUAAGGAUCUGUACCUUUCGUCCUCCACCUCGUCCACAUCCUCCUUCGCGUCCGACCAGAAGGGGAACAGCCAAAUAUACGUCCGCCUAGAUGGGUCCACGAACACCAUAGAGAGGCAGAAAAUCAUAAAGCGCUUCUCCAAUAAUGAGAACGUUUUUAUCUUCCUCCUGACGACCAAGGCGGGCGGCGUUGGCUUGAACUUGAUAGCCGCCAACCAUGUUAUACUCAUGGACCAGGACUGGAACCCCCACAACGACAGACAGGCGGAGGAUAGAGUUCACCGAUUAGGACAAAAGAACGAAGUGUAUAUUUACCGAUUGUGCUGCAAGAACACCAUCGAGGAGACCAUACUUAGGUGUUGUAAAGCAAAACUCCACCUGGACCAGGCCUUCGGCGGCAACAGCGAUAUGUUACAAACAGCCCUUAUAAAGGAUGCCUUGAGUGCAAUUGAAAUGCCGUAA